UCCGCGCUGUAGAAUAGAUGCCUGCGCCCGGCAUUUGUCGCCACCGACGACCGGUAGGACCGCACCACGCCAGGGGUUAGUAGUAGGGUCUGCGCUUCGGGACCAACCGUUCCAGGUCAUCGUCGGCAGGAUCCAAGGUGCUAGGCAGGCGGUGCCCCGCUUCGACGGUUCCUUGGUCUUCGAUUUCCGGUGUUUGGCGGAAGAGUUACGCCUGCUGGCCAGUCAGCUGGGCAGAGCAGAGCAGAGCGCACGGCCAGGCAGAAACAGGACCGCUGGGACGGGAUCGACUGAUCGAUUGCUGGUUCGCAUCAAUCAAACCCCGGCCAACGCGGAGUGGACAGCAUAGUGGACAUAUUCGCCACCCAUACACGAUCAACAAGGGAAUAGAACCGCAGCCAGAGCGGCCCCAUCGCCGGGCCAGUCGAUAUGGUGUGCGAUGAACGUCUGGGCAGAACUGCUGCCACGAGCUGCGGCCAUCCAUCGGCAGCUGUCGGGAUUGGAGCUAGCAUCCGGCCACUAAAACGCCGUCACUGGCAGGACUGUCACCGACAGGAGCUUCGUGAUCGCCGAUCGCCGUUGUGAGGCCGGCAGGCAGGCAGGAGUAGCCGCACUAGUGUUUUUAGUGGUAGUAGCUGGAGUGCGCAGGAACCAGCGACUGCAGUUUAGACCAACGAACCAAUCGCUAAGCACCGUACGCGGAUUGUCCCGUUUUGGCGAUCGCCCGUUUGUGUGAGUGCGUGUGUACUAGCAAUUUUCCCAGUGUUUUUGUUUCGAGCUUCAUGUGCAUCUGUAUAUGUGUUUAGUGAGUGUUUGUGCAAAGUGCACUUUAGGCAGAGUGGUCGAGGAUUUGAAGUGCCAUCGUGUACCAGCCCGGGACCAUUGUUUGCCGGACUACUAGUACUCCUGGCGGCCAUCCAGAGUAGUUACAGAGGAAGCCGCAGAGGAGAGGAGCAGAAGUAGUAGCAGCAGCAGCAGUCGAUCGACGCCAACCGCCAACCAACCGAACCGCCAGCCAACCAUUUCAACCAACCAAUCAUCUUUGGCCAUCUACCCCCUGAUGCCGAAGGGUGAGCAGCAGCAGUCCGAGGGGAGGAGAAAGAGGAGCGCUAGGAGAAGGAUGAUUUCGAUGAUGUUGAUGAUGAUGGUGGAACAGCUUGCCGUCACUCUGCUCGUCUGCAGCCUAAUGAUCGUGCGCGUGGACAGUGUGGCUUCGCCAAGCGAUAUCAUCUCGGGGCGGGAGUUUCUGUCGAUACUGAUGAAGCCGGGACCGGUCGGUACCGUCGCCGAACGUGGAUCGAAGGCCGACGUCCCGUUGGUGGUGGCCGCAGCAACCGAGCAGCCACCACGCAACCGAGGUCUCCGCAGGUUUCGCCACUUCUUCUACGAGCAGCAGACCGUGGCCGAUGACGAGGAUGAGACGAUACUGCCGAUCGAGGCGUUGUUUGCGGAAGGCACCCCCGCCGCACUGGACCGGCCAGACCAGAUGGAGCGAAGCGGUACGCGGCCGUACGGCCGAUCGGCCGCACGCAAUCUAAAGCUGCCAGCGACAACGACGACGACGACGACGACGACAACAAGGAGGACGUCUGUACGUUGGAUAGCGGUGUCCGCGAGCAACAGCAGCACCAAGACAAAGCCAACCACAGUCGAUGAGGAGUCCGAGGUGACCACAGAAAUGGUGGCGACAACCACGGAAGUCCAGAGUGAGCCGGAGGCAAAGGAACUGGAGCCGGCGCACCAUUCGAACUCACAUCGCAGCGAGCUGUCGGUGGAGGAGGUCGCUCCGAUGAUAAGCAAACAACUUGACCAUGAGAAGCCGAUGGUGGAAGAGGAAGUGGAGGAAGGAGAAGUGAAGGAUCUGGAACAGGAGAGAAAAAUGGAGCGGAUAGGGCAGCGAACUGAGCGAGCCCGUUUGCCGCCAUCGCAGCGCACCGAGCGCAAGCAGGAGUCGAAGGGUUCGCUGCAGACGGUCAUCUAUCACGAUAAGAAGGGUGACGCGUCAGCUGGUGUCGCAACCGGUGAAGGUGGCCGCGCGGCCCAAAAGCCGGUAUCGUACAGUUUCAUCGGGGAGGCAGUCCAGCUGCCCUCGGAGCCGGCCAUCCGGGGAACCCACAGCUACUCGCAGCCGGCUCGGUUCUACUCCGAACCGGCUCGAAUCUACUCGGAACCGGCACGGAUCUACUCGGAACCGGCCAAGGUGUACUCGGAACCGGCGCGUAUUUACUCCGAGCCGGCUAAGGUGUACUCGCAGCCGUCGAGCUACUGGCAGACGGCGUACUCGGUGCCGCGCACCGAACACCCCACGUCCACGGAACCGGUACCCACGGAUCCACCGUCCACAACGUCCUCUACCACGACGGCGUCGUCGACGAUGACGACGAUGACGACGACGACGACGACGACGCGGACGGACAGCGAUGAGGACGGUGGCCAGCAGCGCAACCGGCAGCGGUUGGUGUUCAACGAGCUGGACAAGAUACCGUACGAUCAGCUGAAUGCACCGGUUGACGGUGAUGAAACCGUAACGCUACACAACGCCAUCGGGAAGUUUGUGCCGAAGCAGCAGGGUGCAGCAUCGCACAGCAACGUGGCAUCGGUGCCGACGCAGCAACCGACGGUGCAACCGCUUGCACCGGUAGCCGGUACCGAAGGCGAGGGUGACUCCAAGAUCGGUUACGUGGUCGAAGGGCGCAAUUACCGGAAGUAUCGGGUGGAGGAGAAGACCCCGGACGGGUUUAUCGUCGGCGAGUACGGUGUGCUGAGCCAUAACGAUGGCAAUCUGCGCGGGGUACGGUACACAGCGGACUCGGACAUCAACCCACGGCUUAUUUACGAUGCUCUGCUCAAGUUUCUGUCCCUCUAGAGAGCAAAAGAGAGAGAGAGAGAGAGAGAGAGAGAGAGCGAGAGAGAGAGAGAGAGAGAGAGAAAGAGAAGCCAAGGUAGUCCUCUAAAUAUUAAGGCGGAAUAUAGCAGCUGCACCCGUUUGGAACAGACUCGGAGUCAUCUGAGUCAGUCAAUGCUCUCUAAUGCCAAUGCGAGAGAGAGAGAGCAAGAAAAAGAUAGAGAGAGAGAGAGAGAGAGAGAGGAUAAGAGAGUGGACAUGAGUGAGAUUCUGGAGCUCGUCCAGCUAAUUGGAGAAAUCAGCUGGGGAGCAGAUCCGUUUGAAGACACCCAUGCGCGCACACACAUGCUCAGAUGCCAUAAGCUAUAAACCCAUCCUGCCAGAGGAAUAUGGUCUGCACGGUACCCCCCCCCCCCCCCCUCCCUCCGUAUAACCAGUAGCAGAGCGUUAGUCAAUGUGACACAGGAUCAUAGCUUCACAGAUUGUCUCCUCAAUGAUCGCCUCUAUCCCUCAAUCGCGAUGAUCCAUGUCUCUCAUCCCCCCUCCCCGCGCCUCUCGCGCUCAAAGCAUAGCUAUCCAGCCCCUCUCGUCUAUUGUUAAUUGUAAAUGUGAUAAUAGGGUAGACAUAUUUAAAAGUAAUUUAACUUAGAUUGUAGCGUUGGUAGGUAGGUAGGUAGCUAUGGUAUGGUAGGCAGUCACGAUGGUACACGCUAGCCGGAGGAUGAUGCAGACCUUGCCACGCCACGCCAGGUAACACAAAUCGUCCUACAGCACUACAUUGCUCAAAUCGAAUUUAGUGACCAUUGCCGUGGGUGAACUCGCACACACAGCUCAGUUCUGUCAGCCGUUUAAUUCAGUCCGAGUACCGCUUCAGUCCAGUUGCCCGAAGUAAAUCGUCCUGGACGACCAGAGGUAGUAGGAUUACAGCUGCGUAGAUAUAACAGCUGCUUGCCAUAACAAACACAGGGAAUCAGCAGGGAAGAUGUCACUGGAGUGGCUCGCUAGUAGUCGAGGCAGGCACGCACACUUAAAACACGCGCAUCCACAAACCUAUAUGCAUAUGACUUUAUAUUCGAUAUAGAUGAAGGAUUGAAUUUGUAGAGCAUAAGCAGCAGCAGCAGCAGCACUAGUAGUAGUAGUAGUAGCAUUAGUAACAGGUAGAAUAGGCUGGGGUAGUUUUGAGGAACGUCGAACAGGUAAGUUGCAUGCUGCGAGGUGGUAGUAAAAUGGUGGAGUCGGUGGAUUAGACAGUUUGCAAGCGUAGUUAGCGUAGUGGUCCAGGAUCCAGGCGCCAUCGCAGAGCGCAGGACCACAACUCCAGCCAGCAUUAGCAAGCAGCAGCCGAAGUACCUAACAGCCUCGUGUGCUCGUGAUGUGCUUCAAGUCAGAUAAUCAUCUAGUAGCUCCAGUCAAUCUCUUUUUUUUAUUUCUCUCUUCUCUCUUCUCUCUUCUCUUUCUCUCUUUCUCUCUUUCUCUUUGUCUAUCUCACUCGUUCUUACAUUAUGAUCUUAAUAAAUGUA